UCAAUGAUUGAAUUCUCAUUUCCUUAAUAGAUUGCAUAAAAUGUUUGUGUAAUAAACAAUCCUUAAUACCCUUUGCUGUAUUUAGUUAUUUAUUAUAUUAGAUCAUAUCAACAUUCUUUUCGUCAAAAUUUUAAUUAAUGCAGAGGAUAGACAUAAGAGAAAAAAGUACCAGAAUAACCUAUUAAGUAAAUAAGUCAGCCUCAAUCUAAUUUAACAGAAAUAAAACAAAAUUCUUUAAUAAGGAUAGCUGAAAAAUCAUAAAUAACAUAGCCUAAUAAUUUUGGAAAGAAAAAAAAUGGUAAUUAGUUAUCAAAAGUUGUUACAAAAAUGGAUAAAAAUAAUAAUAAUGAUGAUAUUGCUCUUAUUGGUAUAAAUAAUAAGAUUCAAAAUCAACAAAAUAUGAAUUAAAAAAUAUAAUCAAAUAGAUAUUAUAUUGAUGAUUUGAUUACAGCAUUUUAAGAUGAAACAGUGAGUUUUUCUAAAUUAUUUCGAGACAAUUUCGCAAAUUCCUUUAAUUUUAUACCUACAUUAAAAUAAGUGUAAUUUAUUUAAGCUGAAGAUAAGGAAAUAUAAUAAAAAAAAAUAAAAUUGGAUCCUUAUCCUUAAAAUCUUAAAUGUACAAUAUAUUAAUUAAUUGAUAUAGUUAAGAAGACUGUAAUUUUUGAUUUAGAUGAAACAUUAGUUCAUUGUAAUGAAGAUGAGAGCAUGGCUUCUUAAAUUGUAUUACCUAUUACAUUUCCAACUGGAGAGAAAGUUAAUGCAGGGAUCAAUAUUAGACCAUUUGCUGAGAAAAUGAUAUCAUUAUUAAGUGAAGUUUGUGAAGUGAUGAUUUUUACAGCUUCUCAUGAAUGUUAUGCUAAUGAAGUAUCAUUUUCUAUUAAAAUAAGGUUAUUAAUAAUUUGGAUCCAUAAUAAAGAGUAAAAAGAAGAAUAUUUAGAGAUAGUUGUAUUACUGAUGAGAAUUCACAUUAUUAUAUUAAGAACUUAGAAGUAAUUGAUCGAGAUUUGAAAGAUAUAGUGAUAGUGGAUAAUGCAUCAUAUAGUUUUAUGUAAUAGAUUAAUUAAUAUUAGUCAUCAUCUUGAUAAUGGUAUACCAAUCAUAUCCUUUUAUGAUGAUAAAUAAGAUAAUCAAUUAAUCAAAUUAUAUAGAUUUUUAAUAUAAAAAGUCUUACCUUAAGAUGAUGUUCGACCUUUGCUUAAAGAAUAUUUUAAAUUAGAUUAAAUUGAUCAUUUCUAAACAAUAGUUGAAGCUGUUGAAAAAAUGUAUUGUAUUGAAUGA